AUUCAAGUGACAUGUAUUUCAGAUUUUGAGGGGAGAAUUACAUCAAUGGACAGCAUGAGAGACUACUUCCCACCUGAAUGGGAUGAUGAAAGUAGAAUGAGAGUGUUACUGGGACCUAUGCCUGUGGCUCAGGAUGCUGUAGCCAGAACUUCUCGUUGUACUUUCUGGUCGGCUGCCAUCCAUCACUGGUGCAGGGUGAUGCAAAAACUCACAUUCAGUCUUCUGGAAUGUCAGAGUGCAUUUCGACGAGGUACUCAGACUCCUCUCGGUUUACCCGAUGUUCUUUUGCACAUGAACAGUCUAGGUGAAGUGCUUCCAGUGGAGCAGCUACCAUUGGGUGAACCAACAAAAGAAUCUUGGAGUGGCUGGGGCUAUCGUAUCUUCAUAGCUCAACCGUCUCGUGUUGCUUGGAAAGGACUCAAACAAGUUAUUGGUGCUUAUGAUUUGAAGACGACAACACUUGUUAAUGCAGUAGUGUUGCAGGAAGUGUGUGACAAAGUGUUUAACAGAUACUGGGAAUUAUCUAGGGAAUUAAAUUCUGCAAACAAUUUGUUGUCCUUCACUGAUCUCUACCAUCAAGUUGGAGAGUUGGUUGGGUCAGCAGAUAACCUUCAUCUUGUUGUUCAGUCAUUGGCCAGCUGUGGACGAGUAACAACAACAAAUCACAAUAGCACUACAUAUGUGAAAUUUGCCCUGCUAGGAGAUGCACAUAAACCAAGCAUCAGCCAGGUUGAAUUGGGCCCUGUCCAUAUUGAGAAGAAAAAAGCGGGUUGAAAAGUCACUAGGCAUUCAAUUGGGGACACUUGAGAAUGUCUCUACCUGCCUCCUUCAGCUAAGGGACACUAGAAGCAACAA